CCGGGCAGGGCGGCGGGCGCGCACAGUCUGGCGGCAGCGGCCGUGCGCGGACGGACGUGCCGGGAGCGCCGCAGCGCCCGCGCCGCCCGCAGCCCCGCAGCGUCGCUCCGCCCGGCGGGCCGCACCCGCCCGCCCGCUAGCUCGUUCGCUCGCCAUGGUGUCAUGGAUCAUCUCCAGGCUGGUGGUGCUUAUAUUUGGCACCCUUUACCCUGCAUAUUAUUCCUACAAGGCCGUGAAAUCAAAGGACAUUAAGGAAUAUGUCAAGUGGAUGAUGUACUGGAUUAUAUUUGCUCUUUUCACCACAGCAGAAACAUUCACUGACAUCUUCCUUUGUUGGUUUCCAUUCUAUUAUGAAUUAAAAAUAGCGUUUGUAGCCUGGCUGCUGUCUCCCUACACAAAGGGCUCCAGCCUCCUCUACAGGAAGUUUGUGCAUCCCACGCUGUCUUCCAAAGAAAAGGAGAUCGAUGAUUGCCUAGUCCAAGCAAAAGAUCGAAGUUAUGAUGCCCUCGUACACUUUGGGAAGCGGGGCUUGAACGUGGCUGCCACGGCAGCUGUGAUGGCUGCUUCCAAGGGACAGGGUGCCUUAUCCGAGAGACUCCGCAGCUUCAGCAUGCAGGACCUCACCACCAUCAGGGGCGAUGGGGCUCCUGCUCCUGCGGGCCCUCCUCCACCGGGGCCUGGACGGACCAGCGGCAAGCAUGGCCAGCCCAAGAUGUCCCGGAGUGCUUCCGAGAGCGCUGGCAGCUCAGUGUGUACCUGCUGCUCCACCUGCAGGACCAGGAAAGUGGUUGAGGGAGAUGUGAAUGAGGGUGGUGUGAAGGCAUGGGACCCCCACCGGGUCCAAAACCCAUUGGCGUUUUCUGACGAGGAGGAGGAAGAUCUGCUGGAUUUCAUGUACAAGUUUAAGGCACCACGCAGGACGGAAUUGCCCCUGGAGGUACACGGUGUCUGGGGCUGCGAGGCACCGCCUAGAAUCCUUCGAUCUCGCUUCAGGAAGAAAAGUACCUCAUCCUCGGCCACAGAAACCACGUGAGUGAGAGGAGCCAACAGCACCGGGGCCACAGAAUGUCUCUUCUCUGCCUUAAGAGCUACCCACUAACAACAGAAAUCCGCCAGCUGGCUGUGCUUGGAGCGUGCAGCCUCGCAGACCCCGCCUUUUCUCUCUCCCCACCUCCCUGUUGACGUCCAUUCUGUUUGUCGCUUUCCUGUUCCUUGGUUUGCAGGGGAGAGGCUAAAGGGAAAGGUAGGGGUGAGGAGUGACCUGUGAGGCUUCUGAAGUUGGUAGUUGCCCACGGCUGGAUCGCCACUGCACAUGGCAAUGUGUUUUAACAUAGGGCACAGACUCACCCCGACGCUGCUGAAAUGUACAUGUGUAAUUUAUUUGUUGCCUACGUAGUUUGUAGUCAUAUAAAUCAGGCAAUUUUUU